UUGCAUGUUGCGUGUGCUGAUCACCUGCACUCAGGUGUUUAUAGCAGCAGAUUCCUGCAGCAGCUCCUCAGACUGAAGGAGAGAGGACACAGAGACAGGUAGCUGUGAGACUCCACUGAGAAGUUUCUGGUGUGGCUAUCAUGGAGAAGCUGGUGCUCCUGAUGCUGUUGCUUGCAGGAAUAUGUGCAGUUGCCUCCGGCCACUUCAGAAAAUACCACUUUGUGGAAGAUAAAAAGAGCUGGUUUGAUGCUCAGAGCUACUGUCGAGAGAAGCACACAGACCUGGCCACCAUUGAAAGCCAGGAAGAAACCGAGAAAGUCUUAAAUAUUUCAGCUGGUUUAAAUGAUGUCUGGAUCGGCCUGUAUUAUGACAAAGAGAACUGGCAGUGGUCCAAUGGAGACAAUGUGAGCUACUACAACUGGACAUCCAGUCUCAGCUGUACUAGUGUUGAUUCAAAAGGAGAGUGGGUGGACUCAGACUGUAAUAAUAUUAAAUUUUCUUUCAUAUGCUACAAUGACACCAGAGAGAGUUAUAUCUUGAUUGAUCAACCGAAAACCUGGUAUGAAGCUCAGCAGUACUGUAGAAAAAACUACACCGACCUCGUCAGUAUAAAGAAUAAUGAUGAAGAUAAGAAAAUAAAGGAGAAAGCAAAUGGAAAACCUGUCUGGAUAGGUCUGUUCAAUAAUCCCUGGAAGUGGUCACACAAAGGGGAGUAUUCCUCUUUUCGCAACUGGGACAAAGGGGAACCAAACAGUGUAGGCAAUAAUAUCUGUGUGGAGAUGUAUGGUAAAGCGGAGAAAGAAAGAGGUAAAUGGAAUGAUGCUGGAUGCCAUUUCCCCUCUCCCUUCUUUUGCUAUAAUGAAUCCUGUACAGACGCCUCCUGCACUAUAUACCACUUUGUGGCAACUGCUAUGAACUGGUCUUCAGCUCAGACAUACUGUAGAGAUAAAUACACAGACCUGGCCACUGUCCACAGCCAAGAGGAAGCAAAGCAAUUAGAUAAUUUAAAUAUUAGUACCAAUGCCUGGAUCGGGAUGUAUCGUGAUGUCAGUGAGAACUGGCAGUGGUCCAAUGGAGAUGAAGUCACCUACAACAUGAGACGUGCCAAACUCUUCUGUGCUACAGUCAGUAAAGAUAGAGAUUGGACCGAUUCUGUCUGUCAUGAUACAAAACAUUUCAUGUGUUAUAACAGUAGUAAAGAAACCAGCGAGAGAUAUAUCCUGAUUGAUCAACUGAAAACCUGGUAUGAAGCUCAGCAGUACUGUAGAGAACACCACACUGAUCUAGUCAGUGUAAAGAAUGAGGAUGAAAAUAACAAAAUAAAGGAGAAAGCAAAUGGAAAUCCUGUCUGGAUUGGUCUGUUCAAUAACCCCUGGAAGUGGUCGGAUGGGGGGGAUAAUUACACACUUCAGAACUGGUCAGUAAAUCAACCUGACAAUCAUGGAGGCAAAGAGAAAUGUGUGACGAUUCAAAACAAAAGUAAUAAGCUUACAUUAAACAAUGAUCAAUGCAGCACAGCACACCCCUUCUUCUGUUAUGAUGAUGGCAAGAAGCUGUUCCUUGUGAACGAGAAUAAAACCUGGGAGGAAGCCGUGGAGUACUGCAGAUCCAACUACACUGAUCUGGUCAGCAUCGAGUCAGAGCAGGAGCUCCAGAGGGUUUCCCAAGAGGCUAACAAGGCCAGCUCUUCACAUGUCUGGCUCGGGCUGCUGCAGAGCUGUACCUUUGGCUUCUGGUACUGGGUGGACGGAGCCCAGUCCUGUUAUGAUAACUGGGCUCAAGAACCCCGAUGCCAGUCUGGGUGUAACCAGUGUGGAGUCAUGACUGCAAGGAACGGGUCAAAAUGGACUGAAAAACCCUGCACUGAGAGGUUCAACUUCAUCUGCUACAACGGUACAACUGGUUCUUCUCACUGA